CAAACUCAAUGGGGGCAUCGAGUCACUCUGGAAGCGACUCGAGUGCGAGUAGUGGCAAUGGUGAGUCUUAACUGCUACCCAAGUACGCUCACUGACCAUGGUGACCUCCGCAGUGUCCGUCCAGACCGCGAAGCCUGAACCUUCCCAAACCACUCCCCCUUCAUUCCCCCCGCCAAAGACAGACAAACCACGCCCACACAUCUGCUUAACCUGCACACGUUCAUUCGCUAGGCUCGAGCAUCUCAAGCGCCAUGAACGUUCACAUACCAAGGAGAAGCCGUUUGAAUGCCAGCAGUGUACGCGCGCCUUUGCACGGCGAGACCUCCUCUUGCGCCAUCAGCAGAAGCUGCAUCAACAGGGAGCGACUUCCUCCAAACCUCGCUUGGGACGGAGGGAGAGUACGACAGGGCUUCCCUCUGCCACCGGCCGCGUUCGGAAGAACUCCAUAGCCAGCAGUGUGACCGGUGCUGCUGGACCAGAGUCUGGCAUGCGCCCUCGAGCAAACACCAUCAGCCAUAUCGACCCCGCUGCGCUGAACAGCCUCCUGGCCUCGCAAAACGUGCAAAUGGCAAGAAGCCCCGGUCCCCGGCAACCUGGGCACUCGCAUCAUCCGAGCCUUGGGAGCAUCGGUCUCACCGACGGGCUGGACUUUCGGACCAUGCAGGGCCCCAUGGGCAUGAAUGGGCUACCGCACACGGUUCCCUUGCCAAAACUCGAUACCCACCUUGGAAUGGGCAUGGGCGGUGGACCUCGUACUGCCCCCAUCACAGGGCUUGGUAUGGACCAUCAAGAUCCCCAUGAGAUGGAGUUGCAAAAGUUUUUCGGGCCCGGCUCGACCAUCAAUCCCAAUCAGUUGCACCAUUUCAAUGUCCAAAUACCUCCCCCGUCCCCUUUUAAUCUUUUCCACAAUCCAUUUUCUAACACACCUCUGGAGGAGGACAUCGCUUGGACGCCGGCAUUUGAGAGCGACAUGGUGUUCCCGGGAGCUAACGAGACAGCCUUCGAUGGUUCAUCUCCCUCUGCAAUCAGCACGGCUAGUCAAAGCGGAUUCAGCGAAGUGAUGCUGGAUGGAUCCGGUCAACCCACGUCGGCUGCCGUGUGGCAGACGGGUCUAGCAGCCCACCCUACCCUGGAUCAUUCAAGCAUCUCUCUCGAAGCAAUGGCACCUGUUUUUCCGGAACUCAUGAUGAAUCAAGUCUCGCCAAAAGAGAUUGCAGAUCAAGGUGCGCCGGCUGAUUUCUAUCUUUCAACACCCCCACCAGCCUCAUCUACGAGCCCAGCCGCGGGCAUGCAAAGUUUCCAGACCCAAUGCAAUCCCUUCCAAAAUUGGGCAUUUCAAUCUGAUUCAGGCAGCAUAUCGUCCACUUCCAUUAAUGGGAGCGCAAGACAUAGUUCAGUAACGUCCAUCUCAACUGACACAAUUACGGACGCAACCAGGCAAGCCCUCCUCAUGAACCUGUCCCAGGCCCAAAACUCCGGACCCAUGCAAAGGAAAUUCUCGCAGCCCCAUAUCAGUUCGCCUCUAUCUGGUUCUGCCAACGGUAAAUCCCAGAUUGCUUCGCUCCCUAGUACCUCCGACCUGCAACGCUACGUCAACGCUUACAUUCAAUACUUCCAUCCUCAUUUGCCAUUUCUACACAUCCCUACUCUGUCUUUUGACCCUGCUGCAUUCAAUUAUCACAUGCGCGGCGCGGGAAAUCACCAUCACAACAGCUUGGUUAGCGGCGGCGGAUGCCUCAUCUUGGCCAUGGCAGCUAUUGGCGCCCAGUACGAAUUUGAACACAUCGCCGGAAAGGAGCUCUUUGAGUCUGCGAAGAAGAUGAUCCUGUACUCCCUUGAAGAGAGGCGCCUGGCAGGGCUGUCGGCCGUCAAUGGAAGCAAUUCCGCAGAUGACUCAAUCAACAAGCCUCCGCUUUGGCUGAUUCAGGCUAUGUUGCUGAACCUGAUUUUUGGUCAUAACUGCGGUGACAAGCAAGCUGCUGAGGCUGCCAGCACGCACUGUGCUGCGCUCGUCAGCCUUGCUAAAGCGGCCGAUUUGGACAAACCAGCGGAGAUGCCUGUCAAUGACGCGCCUGGGCGAACGAAGGGCAGUGGCAUGAGCGGAGACGUGGAGAUGAUUGAUGGGACCAUGCCGUCGGAUUUGUUUUCGAAAGCUACAUCAACUGAACCAAUGGACGAGCACGCACAAUGGCUUCAAUGGAAGAUGGCAGAAGAGCGCAAGCGGACAUACUUUGCGAUUUUCUCCAUGACGUGCUUACUGGUCUCUGCUUAUGCACAUGCUCCUCGCAUUUUGAACUCCGAGAUUCGACUGGAUCUGCCAUGCGAAGAAGAUCUCUGGGCCGUGGACAAUGCGCAGGCAUGGGUCGCAAAGGGCGGACCACUGAUUGCGCAGAGCAAAGGGUUGUCGUUCAACGCUGCUUUGAGUUAUUUGAUCCAGGCCAGUCUGCGACAGCAGGCACAAGUACGAGCGCCCUAUCCGCAAGGCUUCGGCCCAGGUGCAAACCCCGGUGAUAGCCCACAAAGCGAAAUCCGUCCUAGCACAUUCGGCUGCUAUGUUCUGAUCAAUGCGCUACAUGUUUACAUAUGGGAUACGAGACAAAGACACAAUGGACGACCAUGGAAGCCCCAAGAGACGGAACAACUGCACGCCCUGAUUGAGCCAGCCCUGAAAGCGUGGCAAGCUGCCUGGCGCAGCAAUCCCAGCCACAGCUUGGAGCGUCCGAGCCCAUACGGUCCACUUGCCGCCGAUUGUAUCCCUCUCCUAGAUCUGGCCUAUGUGCGCCUCUUCGUAAACCUUGCUCCGUCGAAGGAGCUCUUUUGGCAACGGGAUUUUGAGGGCAUGGCCAACGAAUUGGCGAAGGGAGUUGACAUCGUGGGCCAGACUGAUGGCUCACCCGACCGUUUCUCCGAGUUUGCUGAUCGGUUGAGAAGCGCGCUCGGCGACUCUUCUGGCACUCCGCUAGUAUUCAAUUCGAUCGAAGGAGUAAGCCCCGGCCAGGCUGGUUCUGGCUUCCAACCCCUGCAACUGUCGAAGCGCGAAAGGCAUCUGCGAAAGGCCGCAUUCUACGCCGCUGACUCUCUAGCCAUGGGCGACAAGUUGGGUGCCACGUACGUGGAACUCUCAGCUCGGGAAUUGCCCAACUCUUCGGCUAUGUGCAGCUUCGAUUGCGCCCAGAUCCUCGCAGAGUGGGUGGCUACCGUACAGGACCGGGUAGGGCGCUUCAUCGGCAUCCUGGGCAAGGAUGAUAUCGAUCUCACCGCGGUACCUGCCAUCAUGCUCCUCGAAGAGGAGGAUAUCCGGCUGUUGUCUAAGAUCAGCAACAUACUGCACAAUGCAGAAAUGAAGCUUGCAUACGAUAUGCAAACCAUGGGCUCUUCCAAUGCUCUUCCCAUGCUAGGGGGUCUGACAAACCUUAGCCAGUGCGGCUAUGGCACCAAGUUGUUGAUGGUGACAGCGUACAUGCUUGAAAGAUCUGCUGUAUGGCCUGUUACCCACACCAUGGCUCUCGCUCUGGAGGCACAUGCCCAUCACAUCAAUCAACGCGCCGAAGCCUCCGUCAACGCCUCGUAAUUCUGUUAUAUCUGUCCUGUACAUAUUUGCACUAUUUUCGAUGUUUGCGCUGGACGGGUGAUACGAUUGAUACCCCAUUUCUACCAUCUGUCACGUUCACGACCCCCGUUGUCAUCCCCGGUUGUGCGAUUCACGACUCCACGGCCAUAGAGUAUUGUUACCGCCGCGAUAACUUUCCUCCGUGUCACAAUAGUCAUGGACCACCCUCGAAUUGGCCUAUCACAACAUACAUAACGCAACGGCCGGAACUAUCGCACUUUGGCUCAUCGGCCGAUCGAGCCAGUUGCGACAACCCCAUAGACGAACACGUAUUCACCCCUUCUCGGUGCGAGAGCGCGCCAU